AUGACCUCUCGUAAGAGACCGUCCUACAAAAGGAAAGCAGCUGUUCUGGCUGGACUGGAAGCCCUUAAUUCAUUCAAGGUACCAAAAAAGCAGAAUAAUUUAUUACUUCUUGAAAAUGUGGACUUGAAUUCUGUCGAUUUUACCGAAGAAAUCUAUUCACAAAUCAAUCAAAGUUUUCGUUUCCCUCAACUUUCAUCCUAUUUUGAUGUGAAAGAAGCAUGGUUUAUUCAUAAUAAAACAUUAGAAGAUAUAUUUUCGCAAGCUCGUAAACGAUUUCAAAAAACUCCUUUGAACAAUAAUAUUUCCGGUGUAGAAUCAAGUUUAUGCACUGGUUUCUUAGUUGUUAAUAAUUGGAAUGAUGUUGAGAAAAUUGCCAGUGAUGGUCUCCUACCUGGCAAUGAUCCAGAUACUUGGCUUGGUCAACAAAAAUUAGGUCUCACAGUAAAUCAAUGUGCCGAUAUAACAAUUGCUCGUGAACAAAGUCGUUUAUCAAGUAAAAAUAUUGGUAAUCAAUUCUUGUAUUUAAUUAUGGUUCGUUGGAUCAAAUCACGAGCGUAUAUUGUAUCACCUGAAGCGGAGACUAGUAAAGAACGUUUAGAACCUCAGCCUGGCUAUGCAUGUCAUGUUUCCACUUGGUCUCGUAUGGAUUUAUUAGAUCCAAGUAAAUUAACGUUAGAACAAGCAUUUCAUUUAUCUCAAGUGUAUUUAUAUGAAUUUGAUGAAGAUUUAGAAUUACGCACAAAACUAGAACAUGUCAUUCCAUAUGCUGUGUUAAAAUGUCGUUGGACAUUGACUUCCAAUAAUGUCAAUGCAAAACUGGUCUCAUCCACCUCUGUAGCUAGUGGUUCAAUUUUGAUUAUUUCACCAUCAUCAUCCGCACCAUCAUCAUCAUCGUCAUCAUCAUCAGAUAUUUCAUCUCUUUUAUCGCCUGUAUCACGUACAGCACUUUUGCCAACUCCACAAAUUCCUCGUAUAAAUAAGAAAUCAUCUACACGAGUUCAUUCAUCACAUCAUCAUAAAUCGGUUGCAUUGAAUUAUGAUGGUAAAUCUAAAUCUAAAACUACUACUCAUUCUCAUCUGUCAGAAUCGAAAAAUCGUUAUAGGUAUACAACACCAUCACUUUUGCCUAGUCCUAAAUCACUCAACAUAAAUAAUCAUGAUAGUAAUAAUAAUAGUGCAUUACAAAACUCUCCUCUUCACACUGUUAGUACUACUACUACUACUACUACUACUAAUUCAAAUACUUCAACUACUUUACCUUCAAAUGAUGAUUAUACUGAUCAAUUAUUAUCCUCUCCACAAUUCAGCGUUGUACACACUACGGAUACUUACAAUGUAUACAUUGCGCAUGCAAGAAAAUUACAAGCCAGUUGUAAUUUAUUUCAAUUUUCAGAAUGUAUAAAUCCAGUGACUAGUAGUGGUAGUGGUAGCAGUACUUGUAACAACAAUGAACUAAUCAUCAAAAGUGAGAAUUAUUAUAAUAAUCAUAAUAAUAAUGAUAUAGCUGUUCAUGAAUUAUCUCCCAUUGUUAUUGGAGUUUCAUUACUUGCAUGGGGUUAUCCAAAACCGGAAUAUUCAUUACCAGUGGAGUUGUCAACAUUUCAUACAACUAAACUGACUGUAUUCGAUGGGAUACUUCAACCAUGUUUACAUAUACAACGAUUAGUUUCACAUACAUCAUUACACUAUGAACUUGCUGGUUUAAAACCAUGGACAGCGAAAUCAUUCGAUUUGAAUGGACCACCAGUUUUAGUUUCAGUUCCAUGUGAUCAAGAAUGGUGUCUGCCUCGUGUAAAUCCUAUUAAAGCAUCAUCAUUACAAUCGGAUCCAAGUCCAUUCGGUGGUUAUCGAGGUAAUUAUUUCCGUCUAACAUUACACAACGAAUCUGGUGGACGUCGAACUGAUAUGGCUCAAUUAUGUCAAGCUUUACAGAAUAAUUCACUGGCAGGUGUUAUCCCUAUGCCUUGCGAUGAAUCAAGUAUUAUGUUUCUAUUUCCUGAAUGUCAAUUCUCUAAAUCAAUAGGUAUACCAAUUGUUGAUAAUUUGGAUAGAAAUUUCUUACAUGCUAUAUUACUUACACCGCAUAGUUUACGCCAUUAUCCAUAUGAUAAAAUGUGUCAUUGUCGGUCGUAUCAAUCAAUGAAUCAUGAUGUGAAUGGUAAUGGCAAUUAUAAUAAUAAUACUAUUUCAAAUGUGACAUCAUUUGCCAUCCCCAGUAAUGUAACAACAAUUGGGGCAUCUAUGGAUAAUUUAUUUGGUCAACGAAAAUCCACAUCGCUAUGCAAUAAUAUGCAAUUGAAACUGCCAUUAAGUAGUAUAUUGACAACAUUAACUGAUAAUAGUCGAAAUCUACUUGGUUCCGCUUUAAUUUCAUUGUUAACUAAUCAAAAUUUAAGACAAGACAUUAAUAAUCAUACUCAUAAUCACACAGUCGAAUUAAACAAUACCAAAAUAUUAUCAAAUGACAAUGAUGAUCCUAGAUUAGUAUUACACCAACAUCACCACCACCCACAACAACUUCAACCACAGCAGCAACAGCCUAAUUCAAAUGUAGAUCCACGACUUUAUCGUCGUCAACAGCAACAGCACCAACAGCAUCCAAUGUAUUGUACCAAUGAACCAGAUUUGUAUGCCCUUGCUACUGCAUUAAUCUCAUCUACAAAUCAUAAGAAACAUGACAAAGUCAUGGAAGUACAAUCAGGUGGUAUAGAAAGAGAAAUGGAACAACAAGAGAAUAAGAUACAAGCAACUGCUAGUACUACUACUACUACUGCUACUAGUAAUAGUAAUAGUAUUAGUAGUAGUAGUAGUAAUAAUAAUAUUACUGUGGAAAGUUCUGUUGUGAAAGAUUUAAUUCCUGCACCAUCUAGUCCAGAAAUGGAAUAUAAAUCACAUGAGAUUGCUACACUUAAUUCACAAGUGGUGGCGUCGUCGUCGGUGUCGACCACAACGUCAGCAACGAUGAUGAUGAUGAGUAUUCAACCGAAAGAGAUACCACUUGAUGUGCAAACUGUAAUACAUCCAAUAUUAACAUCUAGUCCAACUCAAUCACCGUUAACUGAAACAAUACAUCAAAAUGUAUCUAUUGAUAUGGAGAUUGAUGAGACCAGUACCAAUAUGAAUCAUCAAUGUGAUGCUACUGCUGGUGGUGGUGGUCAAUCACCUGAAUUAUUGGAUAAAAGUGAUAUGGAAAUUGAUCAUCUUGGCAAUGAUGAAGAUAAUAAUAGUCCGUUAACAUUGAAAUAUCAUGAACCUGCACCGAAUCCACCGAAAACCACUGUAAGUGAUAAUUGGAAUUGUCCAACUCAGUUGUCGUUAUUAUUAACUAAUGAUUAUAAGAGCGUAUCGUCAUCAUCACCAUCGGUUACAGUGAGACGAUCUACUCCAUCACGAUCUAAUGAUUCAUAUAGGUCAGCGAAAUCUAUUGUUAAUAAUAGUCGACGACGUAUGGACAAGCCAUUGGCGUAUAAUACAGAAUGUAAAUAUGAUAAUUAUGAACGAACUACUACUAUUAGUCGUCGAUCUCGUAGCCCUAGUUAUCAUCAUAGAUCAAGAAUCAAUAAUUCUUCAUCACGUGACUAUCAUAGAUCUUCGCCGAGUUCAAGGUAUGACUCAUCAAAUGACAGACGUAAAUCUAAUUAUUCCGAUUAUUAUCAUCAUCAUCGUUCAUCAGGUGGUCGUUAUUCAUCAAGAAGAAGUAAAGACAGUCGAACUAGAAGAAGUCAACGUUUAUCACCGUCACCACCACCACCACCACCUCUUCGUCGUCGUCAAGUGUAUGAUGAUGAUGAUGAUGAUGAGUCACCGUAUCGGCGAUACUAUUCUUCUUCUUCUUCUCGUCGAUCACGUAUAAUAAGAAGAAGUCCAUCGUAUAGUGAUUCCGAUGCAUAUUAUCAUAGUAAUCAUUAUCGUUCAUAUUCUAUUGAUGAUUCGUCAUCAAUUACUGGGACAGAUUCAAAUUCCAUUGUAUCGAAUAAAAGUCGUAAUGAUAAUUAUUAUCAUCAGUCGAAUGUGAAAAAUAAACACGACCACGAACACCAGCAACACCAACACCAACAGCAACAACCGCAUUCAUUUAAAUCACAACAAAUUGAACAAAAUUCACAUCAAACAAAUGAGUAUAGUACACUGAAUUAUAAUGAAUUCAAAUCGGAAUAUUCCAAGGAAAUUAUGAAUCAUUGUCAAAGUUACAGUAAUAGUAACAAUGAGCAUAAUAAUAUUAAUAUUGAUAAUAUUAAUAACCAAGAAAUCAUUUCGACUAGUAUUGAUAACAAAAUUCAACAUUCCAUUAUUGACAAUCAAAUUAAACAGUCUGAGAAUUUCAAUACUACUACCACUACUACUACUAAUAAUAAUAUUAGUAGUAUUAGUAGUAGUAGUGAUAAUAAUAAUAAUGAUUCACAUAUUAUCGAUAAUCCAUGUAGUAAGAUCAAUCUAAUCAACACUGAUAAAUCGGAUUCACAAUCGAUCAAUGUCAGUCAUCAUUCUAUGGUUGAUGAAAAUGAAGAAGAAGGUGAAGUGAUUGACGAUGAAGAUGAUGGAGAUGAUGGUGAUGACGAUACCUUGUUGAUACCUUCAAAUCGAAAUGGUUAUACUACUACUACUACUACUACUAAUACUACUGAAAUGAAUUGGUCAAUUAGUAAAUCUUCUAGAACUGAUAGAAGAAGACAUGUUAUUAAUAACACAAUGACUAAUCAUCAUUCUAGCACGACAACAAGAAGUACAACAUAUAAAAAUCGAUAUGAUGAAACAAUCAAUCAUGAACAUGACAACAACAAUGAUCAAGAUGAUAACGAAGAAGAGGAUGAUGACGAUGAUGUUGCAGUUGAUCCAAAUUCAUUUCAACGUUUACAAGUUGGUUAUAUUUUAAAUCAUUUAAGUAAAAAUUAUGCUGCAAAUGACCAAGUCGACUCAAAUGGUGAUGUGGAUUGUCGACAAGAAAUAACACAUUCAAUAGAAGAUUGUACUACACAAAAUAGAUCACGUGAUAAUGACGACGAUGAUUAUAAAUUGUUAGAUGAAACAUAUAAUAACAACUCUACAGAAAUAUCAGAUUAUUCAAUGCAAGAGGGUAGUGAAAUCAUGUCAUUAGAAGAUGAAGAUAUGCGUCAAAUAAUAGAUCAUCGAUCUAUGCUAAUGAAACAUCAUGUUAGUUUUUAUCCAUCGAAUGUGUAUGAUCAUCAUCGUCAUCAUCAUCAUCAUCAUCAUCAUCAUCAUCGUGAACAUGCAUCACCACCUGCACCAUCACCAUCACCACGUACUCGACGUCAUCUAUCGAAAACUAUCACUGAUGAUUCAUUUUCCGAUGUUGAAGGUGAUGAUGAUGAUGAUAAUAAUAAUAAUGAUCAUUAUGCGGAAAUUGUUAAUCUUUAUAAAAAAGAUAUUGAUUAUCGACGACUUCCAGUGAAUAAUAAUCAUAAUGAACGUCAACAUCGUCCAUCAUUACUUGGUAAUUAUAUUGAUCCUUCCAUAUCCUACAAUGCAUAUGAAUCACAGCCUAGAUAUUCAUUUUAUCAACCAAAAUCAAUAACACAUACUAAAUCUUCGAAAUCCAGCCAUAAAAAUCUCUACUCUCCACGUUCUUCAUCUUUAUUAUUAUCAUCACCACAUGGUGGAGAAGAUGGCACUGUUGUUCCAUCUUCAUCGAAUCCGUAUCGAACUUCUUCUGAAUAUGCUGAGAUUGCAGCAGCAUAUUAUCGUAGUAAACCUAAAGAUCAACCAUUACUUGAAUCACCUUGUAUACCACCGAUUAUACCUUAUGUAAAUCCUGUCAUUCUCUCGCAUGCCUUGAAUCCUCCUUGUCUUCUUCUUCCUACUACUACUGUCAUAACAGCGACAGCAACAACAACUGUUCAAUAUCCUUCGCUUUCUGAUUCAAGUAUACCACCGGAACAUUUAUGGUCUUUAACAAAUUCAUCAUACUAUUCACAAUCUGUGAAUAUUUAUAAUCAAUCAUCAAAACCUUGGCAAUAAUUCACAUAUUGUCAAUGUGUAAGUUAAACAAGCAACUAGUCUACAGCUAAGCUCUACAGUUCCAUUUCUUCUCUUUGAUUUUUUUUCAACUUGUACGCAUUUAUUACUUAAAUUCAAUAUUAUUAGUAGAUAAUGUUGUAUAAAAAUAAAUAAAUAUUGAUGGGUUUUUUUUCCGUGUUAUUAAUAAAAAUACAAUUUAUAUACAUACAUGAUGCAUAUUUUUUAUCUCUGUUAAUAAUAAUAAUAAUAAUUAUUAUUUGAAAUUGGUUUAAUUUUUUUUUGUGUGCUUGUUUAAAAAAUAAUUCCAACUGAACAAACAAACAAGCUGGUGUUGUUUCUUUCAUGCAAAGUGUACAUACACACAUUGACAAUUGAAUAUUCUUAACUAAAUUGUUUUUUUCUUAAUUAUUUUAUUUUAUUUUCUAAUCAAAAUCACAGAUAUAUAUUUAUUAUUAUUAUUACUAUUAU